AUGGUGCUGCCAUACAGCCGGACCGCGGACGGCUUCACCCCAGUCCAGAGACCUGGGGAGGAGACCUCUUCGGUGGACCGGCUACUCGUAGAUCUUCACCUUCUUUCUUGUAACAGCCUCCUCCUGCUGCUUCUUGCCGGCGUGGAGCUGAGACCCCACACAUGGGAUGAGGACAGGCUCCAGCUGGAAGCCAUCAAAAAGGGGAUCCUGGAGCGGUUGGGGAUGCCCGCUCCCCCCGUGAUCCGGCACCGGCUGGACCGAGAGAGCAUCCGGAGAGCGCAGCGGCUGUACCGGCAGAAAGUGGCAGAGCUGAUGAGGAACCGGACCAGGGAGGAGGAGGGGGGGGCCGGACCCGGGGACACGCGGCGCUUGGAGCUGAGCUUCACAGCCAACGUCUCAACCUCGUUGGCCACCUCAGCGGUGCUGGAGGUGGAAACCCAUGAGACCAUAGGUCGGGGGGCCAGGAGAGCCCGGGGGCUGGAGGAGGAGUGCAGGAAGAGCGAUGGGAAGUGUUGCCUCAAGUCGCUCAAGGUCUCCUUCCAGGACAUCGGCUGGGCGGACUGGGUCAUCGCCCCCAACAGCUACUACAUGAAGUUCUGCGAAGGUUCCUGUCCCCACAAUUACAAGCCGGCCAGCAUGCACGCCCAGAUCAAAGCCCGUAUGCACUCCCUCUCCAAAGCCACCCCGCCGCCCUGCUGCGUCCCCGCUGGCUACGACCCCAUGGUGCUGAUGCACUACGACGAUGAGGGCAGGCUGGUCUCCACCCUCUUCGAGGACAUGCUGGUCACCCAGUGCCACUGCGCCUGA